AUGUACACAACUUGGUUGCUUCCUGCUUAUCAAUAAGCUGAUCAUAACUAAACUCCACUAUGGAACUCUCUGUUUCCAUUUCUUUCGUUACAGUAUUUUCGGCUAUCCUUUUUUCCACCAAUUUGGCCAACACUGAAAUGCAUUCUUCAAUCACAACAGCAGCUUCUAUUCAAUCAGUGGCACUGAAACGAGAAGCACAUGCUCUGCUCCAUUCUGGGUGGUGGAGUGGUGAAAACACGUCAAGCCACCAUUGCCAAUGGCCUGGUAUUACUUGCAACCAUCAUGGAAGCGUUACAAAUAUUUCUCUGCAUGGUGAGCUUUUAUGGGGAAAAAGCCUGGAGGAAUUGAACUUCUCUUCUUUCCCAAAUCUAGUUCAUCUGGAUCUUGGCAGUGCAAGACUCGUUGGGGAAAUCCCACUGAAGAUGAGUAAUAUUUCAAAUCUAUCCCACCUAGACCUCUCAGAUAAUAAUCUUUGGGGUCAGUUACCUCCUUCACUGGGGAACCUUUCACAGUUACUGAUGCUUGACAUUUCUUCCAAUAAAAUCAGCGGUCACAUUCCUGGAGAAUUUGGCUGUUUGAUGAGUCUCGUUACACUAAAAUUGAGAUCCAACCUUUUAAAUGGUACAAUCCCUCCGUCCCUUGGUCUCUUGACCAACCUUACUGAAUUGGAUAUUUCUGAAAAUUCAAUCGAAGGUGAGUUACCUCUUUCAUUGACAAACCUCUCCAAUUUAGUGAAGCUUGAUAUUUCUUCAAAUUAUGAAAUUAAUGGUUCUAUUCCCUCAGAAAUAGGGAACAUGAAGAAGUUGACAUAUCUGGAUCUUAGUUCUAAUCAACUCAGUGGUCACAUUACCUCUAGAAUAGGGGCUAUGAAAAAUUUGACAUAUCUGGAUCUUAGUGGUAACCAUCUAAGUGGUAACGUUCCCCCUUGUCUUGCAUCCACGCAACUAAGAAUUGACUUCUCUUACAAUUCAUUAGAAGGUCAAAUCCCAUAUGAGUUUAGCCCCUACUUUGCAAAUGUGUCAUUCUUCGGCAAUGAGAAUUUAUGUAGUGACAUCACUUUCACAGGUGUCCAUCCUUGCUCUACUAAGGAUUCAGGUGAUGAUAAAAUCAUUAAGAUCAUCUUUUCCAUAUCAGUUUUCAUUGUGUGUGCAUUCCUUUCUGUACUUUUGGUCUACAAAUAUGGCUACAAAAAUAAAAAGAGACCUUUUGGUGAUACAACAACCAAAAAUGGAGAUAUAUUUUCAAUAUGGAAUUAUGAUGGAAAAAUUGCAUACGAAGACAUCAUACAAGCAACGGAGGACUUUGACAUCAAAUAUUGCAUUGGAACUGGCGGUUAUGGAAGUGUUUACAAAGCACAAUUGCCCAAGGGCAAUAUAGUUGCAUUGAAAAAACUUCAUGGUUCAGAGGCUGAAGAACCAUCUUUGAGGAAGAGUUUCAUGAGCGAGGUAAGAACUUUGAGAGAAAUAAAGCAUAGAAGCAUUAUAAAACUUCAUGGGUUCUGUUUACACAAGAAAUGCAUGUUUUUGAUCUAUGAAUAUAUGGAAAGAGGAAGCUUGUUUUGCAUGUUAAGCAAUGAUUUGGAGGCCGUGGAAUUGGACUGGAAAAAGAGGGUGACCGUUAUUAAAGACAUAGCGUAUGCCUUGUGUUACAUGCAUCAUGAAUGCAGUCCAUCCAUUGUUCAUCGUGAUGUAAGCACCAACAACAUUCUACUAAACUCCUCACUCGAAGCUUCUGUUUCUGAUUUUGGAACAGCUAGACUCCUCCAUUCUGAUACCUCCAACCAAACCAUACUUGCUGGUACUUACGGUUAUAUUGCUCCGGAACUAGCUUACACCAUGGUUGUAACUGAAAAAUGCGAUGUCUAUAGUUUUGGAGUGGUGGCGCUUGAAACAUUAAUGGGUAAGCAUCCAAGAGAAUUGUUAUCGGCAGUAUCAUCAUCAUCAUCUGAAAAUCUAAUGCUAGCUCAAGUGCUAGACCAACGCCUAUCACCACCGACAAAUCGAAGGGUUGUGCAGGAUAUUUUUCUUAUUGUCAAAAUUGCGUUCAUGUGCCUGCUUGCUAAUCCAAAAUAUCGUCCGACAAUGAAACAAGUAUCUCAAGAGUUUCUUGCUCGUGGAGCACCAAUAUCAUCCAAGACCUUUCGUGAUAUUUCACUUAGUGAUCUCAUGAAUUCACAAGUGUAUAUGGAUGCUGAAAGCCAAGUAUGAUUAAUCUAGUACUGUUACUAGAACUAGAGAAGAUCCAAACCUAUAUGGAAAUGAAAAUUUGAAUAUUAUGGAUAUUCUAUUUUUUGUUCUUUAAUUAUGCUCUGUUUUGGCAGACUGCCAAAACAGAGGUAGUUU